CAAAACGACAGAAAAAGGCAUAAUGCGGACGGAAAAGGGACCCGGUGUGAAGAUCCUCUGGCUUUGGGCUAUCGGAACUGCCGCAGUGCUGGUUACAAGUGUGGCUAGGACUAGGAUAAGAGAUAUGGAGCAGCUCAUAAACGCCCAAGAAAAAACCUCUCAACCGAUCGAGCCCAAUUCAGGACUUAUCGACACUACAACUGAUUCCACCGAAGUUGUUCGAGAAGAAAAAUUUUAAGGUUUUCAACUUAUUUAUGUUUUUGAUGUUGAAGUAUUGUUUGCAGGGUAGCGUGUAUGUUACCUGUUUGAUGAAUUGUCUGAAUGACAUAUUUGAAGCCCCACUUGAGUUUUGUUUUUUUGCCAUGUUUUGUUACAUACUUGGUGCAUUGCGAGAAGUGAUAAUCAUCAAGAUGCUUU